UACGCUGCCACCACUCCAACCUUCACUUCCGCCGUCGGUGACCGCAACACCACUGCCAUAUCCGCCACCAUGGAUUUCUCGAAUCUCAAAGAUCAAGUGAGCAAUCUCACUCUAUACGACCUCAAGGCCGGCGUGAGGAAGGUUCAGAAUGCCGUGAUGAACUUCACAGAAAUGGAGGCAAAAGUGCGAGAAGCCACCAACAAUGAACCAUGGGGUGCCUCAUCUACCUCCCUCCAAGAAAUCGCCAACGCCACGUUCAACUAUCAAUUGCUCAAUGAGAUUAUGCCCAUGAUCUAUAAGCGCUUCACAGAGAAAGCUGCUGAAGAAUGGCGACAGAUAUACAAGGCUCUCCAAUUGCUCGAGUUCCUCAUAAAGAAUGGCUCCGAACGGGUUAUCGACGAUGCACGCUCCCAUGUCUCGCUCCUCAAGAUGCUCCGUCAGUUCCACUUUAUCGAUCAAAACGGCAAAGAUCAAGGCAUCAACGUCCGUAACCGGGCCAAAGAGCUUGCCGAGCUUCUUAGCGAUGUCGACCGCAUACGAGCCGAGCGCAAGAAAGCGCGUGCAAACCGCAACAAAUUCGGCGGCGUAGAAGGCGGAACAGGCAUGGGCGGCUUCUCCGGAAGCGGAGGCUUCUCAGGUGGCAGCAGUCGAUACGGCGGAUUCGGAAGUGAAGAAGCUAGCUAUGGAGGUUACACUGGGGGUGUCUACGGGGAUGGUGGAGGGUUCGGGGGCAACGAGUCGGGUUUCACAGAUACACAAGCCCGCCGUGACAAAUUCGAGGAAUACGACGAGGGUGACGACGAUGCGUCCCCGCCAGCACGGCGAAACCCUCCUCCAGCGGCCUCAUCAAGUCAGGCCAGGCGGGAAACAAAGAAGGAGCCUCCGAAAGCUAAAGCACCAGAACCUGUGCCUGAUCUGCUUGCAUGGGAUGACGAGCCCGCGCCGGUCUCUAAUGCACCAGGAAAGCAGCCUGUUACGACCUCCGCUGCCAACGACUUCGGAGAUGAUGAUGACUUCGACGAUUUCCAGUCUGCCGCCCCCGCUGCCGCCCCAGCAUCGAAGCCCGCAGCAGCGCAGUUUAUAGCACCUCCGGCGUCCACUUCUACCAUCAACUCAUCGACGCAAUUCGCUGCCCCUCAACCUCAGUCUGCCGCGCAGAACAACAACCUGAACGAUCUGUUUGCAACAGUGUCCCCUCCACCUGCGAUGAACACGCUUGCUUCCCCACCCGCAGCCACACCUUCUUCAGCAUCCUCUUACAAGCCAGCGGGCUACCAGGCUGCUGGGCCCAACUACUUCACCUCGGUCAACAUCAAUGCGAACGCUCCCCAAUCUGCCGCAUCAACUCCGUCCGUAGCGUCUCCCAGCAUUGGUGGUAAUAAGAUAGGAGCUGGAGCCCCUAAAAAGGCGGGCGGUGAUGCUUUUGCCUCUCUUCUCGGCGGAGUAGCACCCAAAAAGGCUGCUACGCCAACUCAAAAGGUGACCAUGGCCGACAUGGCGAAGCAGAAGACGAGCCAGGGCCUUUGGGGAGCUCCGGCUUCUGGUGCCAGCACCCCAGCGACACCACAACAGGGCGGUGCAAAGCAAGGUGGUGCAUUGGGUGACUUGCUGGGCUAG